CCACCGACAACACCGGUGGCGCCUCACGAGCAUCACCCACGAUUCAAUCCCUCUCCUCCACCACCACCCACCACCACCACCGCCACCACAUCACCACCACUUUUUUUCCCCCUCAUCCCAAAUUCCAACAUUCCUUAAAAACAACAAAACUAUACAAUAUCUACCCCAAAAUUCAUUUGUCAGUAAAAAGAUGAGUGAAUGAGAGCACAUCAGUAUGAAUGCACUUUUAAUUACUUAACUGUGGUAUUUUUUUGUUGGUUUAUUAUUAGUACACAGAAGGAAAGACAUGCUGCAGUAAAAUACUCUAAUAUAUAGUGCUUGUAAUAAAUUCAUUCGUGCUUUUCUGGUUCCAACAAUCCCGUGUACCCCAUCUUCUCCAUUGUUGUUUUGUAUACCAACUUUUUCCUUUUUAUUUCUUCCUCCAACUUUUAUGGUAGAAAAAUUACACACACUCACACACUGCUCUUCACUCCUUUUCAGCUCUUGUUGUUACAGUCAGUUAAACUAAUACUACUAAUUAUAAUAAUAACCACCUUUCCUCACUCUCCAGAGAUUCUUCUUCUUUCAUUUUUCCUCAAAAGAUACGCGCUUUACUGUUUUUUUUUCCCCCUCGAGUUCUUAGCUUAGUGUACAGAGAGAUCCCAUCUCUCAUUUUCCAUAAUUAAGACAACCCUCUGUUGAUUUCAUCCCCAUUUCAAAAGGGUCUGCUCCGAAUUGUCUGUUUCUGGCGGAAUUUUCCUUCAUUUGGUUUUCUUUCAUCGGAAGGAAUUAAGGUGGGAAACUGAUAGAUCAAAAUUAAGGUGGGUUUAAAAGGGAGUUAGUUGGGAGUUUUAAGGUGGUGGGGGGCCACAUGCACGGCUUAAGCCGGCUGGGCAACGGCUUGAAUUCUUCGCCGUCGGUGUCGCCGCCGUCGUCUCCGAGAUACCGCCACAGUGGCCGGAAUAAGAGCCCGGAAAUUGUUGGAAGUGGCGGGGGAGGUGGAGGAGGAGGCAGGGCCUUCCACCGGCAUGGUGGUGGCGAUGUUGGCGGUUUUGGGAAGAUGAAGUGGCAGAAUUUGGUGGAAAGAUUGGGUUUUGCGGUGAUUUCCACCGUGUAUAGGAGAAGAGGGGUGCUAUUAUUAGCGCCAUUGUUGUACAUUUCCUUAAUGUUGUUGUAUAUGAGUUCAGUAGGUCUUGAUGGAGUUGUUAACUUUAGUAUUAGAAAUAGUGGCAAUGGGGAUGAUCUCACCCGGCCGGGUUCAGUUUACAGAAGCCCUCAGGUGUUUGAGAAGCUUUGGCCAUUUAUGGAGGCUGAAAGCCUUAACGGGAGUUCAAAUUCAAAUUUGUUAAUGAAUGUUUGGAGUUCCAAGCAACGGCAGAGUUGGAAGCCCUGUCUUGACCGGACAGUGUCUUAUUCAGGGUCCUCGGAGCUGCCCAAGUCCAAUGGUUACCUCAUAAUUGAAGCAAAUGGUGGGUUGAACCAACAAAGAUUGUCGAUAUGUGAUGCUGUGGCUGUAGCAGGGAUGUUAAACUCCACUCUUGUUAUCCCGAUAUUUCAUUUAAAUAGCGUAUGGCGGGAUUCUAGCAAGUUUGGAGAAAUAUUUGAUGAGGAUUUCUUCAUAUACGCCCUCAGAAACCAUGUAAAAAUUGUUAGAGAGCUUCCAGAUACUGUACUUCAACAGUUUGAUUACAACAUUAGCAAUAUCAUUAAUCUAAGGGUGAAAGCAUGGUCAAGUCCAAUAUAUUAUCUGCACAAAGUUGUACCUAAGUUGGUUGAGCUGGGGGCAGUGCGGAUAGCACCUUUCUCUAACAGACUGGCUCAUGCUGUACCUCCAAAUAUCCAAGCUCUUCGAUGCUUAUCAAAUUUCGAAGCACUGCGGUUUUCACAAUCAAUACGCCUGUUAGCUGCAAAAUUGGUUGACAGGAUGGUCAAAAGGAGCUCAAAAAGUGGGGGAAAGUACAUAUCAGUCCAUCUCAGAUUUGAAGAGGAUAUGGUUGCUUUUUCAUGUUGUGUAUACGACGGAGGCGAGGAAGAGAAGAAAGAGAUGGAUAUUGCACGUGAAAGAAGUUGGCGAGGAAAAUUUCGUCGAAGGGGUAGAAUAAUAAGGCCAGGUGCAAUUAGGAGGGAUGGAAAGUGCCCACUAACACCACUCGAGGUGGGUAUGAUGCUCCGCGGAAUGGGUUUUGAUAACAACACAUCACUAUAUGUUGCAGCAGGAAAAAUAUAUAAGGCGGGAAAGUAUAUGGCACCUCUCAAGCAGAUGUUUCCACUUUUAGAGACAAAGGAUACACUAGCAUCUCCUGAAGAAUUAGCUCCUUUCAAGGUUUCAUUUAGUGCUUUGUGGGAUGCCAGGAAGUAUUCCUUUUACGCUACUAUUCUGAUAUGAUUUUGCUGACACUUCUUUUCUUAAACUGUAGGGGCAUUCGUCUAGAUUGGCUGCUCUGGAUUACACGGUUUGCCUGCACAGUGAAGUUUUUGUCACAACUCAGGGUGGUAAUUUUCCACAUUUCUUGGUGGGUCACAGACGAUAUCUAAACGAAGGACAUGCCAAAACUAUCAAACCAGAUAAAAGAAAGCUAGCCUUAUUAUUUGAUAGCCCAAAUAUCAGGUAAUGGAGGUUUUACUUUCUGUGCAUUUCUAUCUUGAUUUGUACCGGUUAUAAUGAGUUUGUGGUGAGGACAAUCACACCUUGUCAGUAAAUGUUUAACUCCAAUUAUCCAUUGCCUUUCCUCACUUCUAUUGCUAUUUUGUACCAGAUUUCCUCUGACUAUUUUACUUUCCUUUUCAAUUAUUUAUCUUCUUAUUAUGUGGACUUCUCUGGACAUUGUUUUACAGAUGGGAGGACUUCAAACAUCAUUUACAAGAUAUGCUCCAUCACAGCGAUGUAAAGGGGGUUGAAGUUAGAAAGCCAAGCGGCUCGCUUUAUACAUAUCCAAUGCCAGACUGCAUGUGUAAGCAUGUGGAUGUGAAGAAUGAUAACGGUAACAUAACAAGACUCUCAUAAUUUCUUAAUAGUUGUGCAGAAAAUCUAGGUACUCCUGAAAAGUUGCUAUACGCUUUGUCUUAUAUGUUGAGAAAGUGUAAUUAUUCUUUGUUACGAGAUAUCCCUGGGGUUUUUAUAGUUACGAGGUUGUAAUUUCAUAUAGGUGCAUCAUAUGUAUGCUAAUUUGUUCAAAAAGAACAAGCAAUUUGAUUGUAAAAUAAGAUUAUAGUAAAAAACACCUAUUCUUUUGAUUAUUGUAGCUUUGAAUAUGGUAGGAAAUUCUGUUUUGGAGUAGCUCUAUAACUAUUGUACCUUCGAUGAAGAGGCUUUUGAAAAACUCCCUCUGGUCGUAUUUGUAAGGCACAAUUUUGAACUAAAUUUACUUCAAACUUGUGCCUUAUAAAACGAAACGGAUUAAUACAGAGUUCAAUGUUUCAGUUCCUUUUGUAGAGGCUGAGUAAUUUUCCUGGACAUUUUGUAUCAUUUUAGAUGUUUCCUGUGGAUCGGAUACGCUUUUAUGAUGAAAUGAAGGAAGCGAUAGAGAUAGUGGAUUGGGAGAGUGAAUUAUGUGGUUAAUUUCUCAGCAAGAUAUUGAUUUGAUGUGUUGUUGUUUUAAUUUUGUUUUUUUUUUUUGAAAAAAAAAUUAAUAUCUUUACUUUUUAAUUCAGUAUCUCUAUUGUCACAUUUUCUUUCUUUUUUGUUUUUCC